UAUGUUUAUUUUUUUGAAAGUAAUGAAGUAUUAAAACAGUAUUCAGGUCUUAUUCCUAACUUGUAUGAGAAACUUUACUGUGGUUCUGUUAAUUUGUUCUUUGAAAAAAAGUUAAUGAUAAUGCCUUUUAAGAAUUUUAAUAAGAAGGUAACAUUUGUAUUUGCAAUGCUAGCAUUACAUAAUUUUGAUAAAGGGCUUAAAACUUUUGUUAACCACUUAUCAAUACAAGAUUAUGAAGAAUCUCUAUUUUUACAGAAAGCAAAAAUUAUGGAUGCUGAAAAUCAUCGAGAUAUGCAGCCAUGGCCAAAAAUAGCAGGAUUAGCUAAAAAAGUGAUUUAUGUAGAAAAUCAGUAA